AGGAGACCGAAGAGCUGAACAGACGCAAAGUACCCCCACCACUUCUAUCCCACCUUCCCUCCUUCAGGAAAGAAAAUGGCCUCUUCAACAACCAUGUCCGUUGUGGUCAUGAUGGUGGCCGUCCUCCUCGUCAGCACCAGCACAACCACAACACAAGCGCAGAACAUCGCAAAUUGUGCGCAGAAGCUAAUCCCAUGCGGCGAGUACCUCAACACCACAACCACGCCUCCAGAGUCUUGCUGUGGCUCCAUCAAAGAUGCCGUCAAGAACGACCUCACUUGCCUCUGCAACCUCUACAACACCCCUGGUUUGCUUCAAAGCUUUAAUGUCAACGUCACUCAGGCCAUCGCGCUCACCAAGCGAUGCGGUGUUAACGCCGAUCUCACUGCUUGCGGCAAAGAUGCCGCUGAGCCAUCUGCUGCCAUUCCACCGCCCCCAGAUGCCGCCGAGCCAACUGCUGCCAUUCCACCGCCCCCAGGAGUGCCGGGAAAUGAUGGCAACAAAAUGGCAUGGACGGGAUUUUCUGGCUUGCUCUUAUUAUGGGCUUCUUCCCUAAUUUUUUAGAUCAUGAGAGAUAAGAUUGAUUAGUAGUAGUUUAUUUAUAUGUGUGGUUAUGGUGGUGAGAUCAUUCAUGUAUCAGGGAGCUGUAUUUUCCGCAUUUGGAGAUUUUUGUUCUUCUCUUGCUUAAAUAUGCCAUUGAUUUGAACAUUGUUGCCGCUGUAGGUCAAGGUCUCUUAUUUAUUCUGCUUUUAUGGUGCAUUUGUUUUGAAAAUUGAAAUUUCGUUUCUCUUGGCA